GUCGGUGAAACAGUCAACCACCAUUAAAUUAGGUACUGCUUGAAACGUCAAACACGAGAAUUUUUUUUCUCGAGUUACUUCCAAAAUGGCAGCUACGCGAAGACUUCAAAAGGAAUUGGCAGAUAUUCGAGCUUCCGGACUGAGAUCGUUUAGAGAUAUUGUUGUAGACGAAGGUAAUCUCCUGUUAUGGUCUGGAUUAAUUGUUCCGGAGAAUACACCAUAUAACAAAGGAGCUUUCAGGAUCGAGAUAACGUUCCCAGCAGAGUACCCUUUUAAACCACCAAAAAUUUCGUUCAAAACAAAAAUUUAUCAUCCUAAUAUAGACGAAAAGGGUCAGGUAUGUUUACCGAUAAUCAGCGCAGAAAACUGGAAACCUGCAACUAAAACGGAUCAAGUUAUUCAAGCUCUCAUAGCACUGGUUAACGAUCCAGAGCCCGAGCAUCCACUGCGAGCAGACCUUGCAGAAGAAUAUCUGAAAGAUCGCAAAAAGUUCACCAAGAAUGCCGAAGAAUAUACCCGGAAACACAGUGAGAAGCGACCGGAAUAAGUUAAACUUUAACGUACAUCCGCUACAUCAGCAUGCAAAUCCAAAUCACACAACACACAUGUAAAUGUGUAUACUUAAAUUCGUCUAGUAUUUUUCUUCCUUUUUUAUUACCUAAUUUAAAUACGAGGCAAAGAACUGUCUAGUGAAAAGCCAAAAAAAUCAAAUGAUAAUAAACUUGAACAGAUAUUA